GGAGACAGAGAGGAGGGCGUAUGCCGGUGGCGCGGGCUGACAUUGAGAUCAGCUUAACGAGUGUGCUGCUGGGCUGGUAAGAGCGAUGCGAGAGCAAGGCUGGAGCUGAGUCUGCAAUAGAAACAAGACAUCCGUGCAUUUCAACUGAUUUAGUCGAGAAAGCAAGGCUCUGUAAGCGUUUAAAGUACAUCAUGUCGGUGCUUGCGCUGCAAGAGUAUGAAUUCGAGAGGCAGUUCAAUGAAGAUGAAGCCAUUCGAUGGAUGCAAGAGAACUGGAAAAAGUCUUUUCUGUUUGCUGCACUCUAUGCUGCGUGUAUACUUGGUGGGCGGCAUGUAAUGAAGCAAAGGGAGAAGUUUGAAUUGAGGAAACCUCUGGUAUUAUGGUCUUUAACGCUUGCAGUCUUCAGUAUAUUUGGUGCGGUCAGAACUGGAGGCUACAUGAUGCACAUAUUGAUGACUAAGGGCCUGAAGCAAUCCGUCUGCGAUCAGAGCUUCUAUAAUGGACCGGUCAGCAAGUUUUGGGCUUAUGCCUUUGUUCUCAGCAAGGCCCCUGAACUAGGAGACACACUGUUCAUUGUUCUGCGCAAGCAGAAGCUAAUCUUCCUGCACUGGUAUCACCACAUCACAGUAUUGCUGUAUUCCUGGUACUCCUACAAGGACAUGGUGGCCGGCGGUGGAUGGUUCAUGACCAUGAACUACCUGGUUCAUGCCGUCAUGUAUUCUUACUACGCUCUUAGGGCCUCCGGCUUCAAAAUCUCCCGCAAGUUUGCCAUGUUCAUCACUCUGACGCAGAUCACACAGAUGGUGAUGGGUUGCGUGGUCAACUACCUGGUGUAUUCGUGGAUGCAACAAGGCCAAGAGUGCCCGUCGCACGUGCAGAACAUUGUGUGGUCAUCCCUCAUGUACCUCAGCUACUUCGUACUCUUCUGUCAGUUCUUCUUUGAAGCCUACAUGACCAAAACCAAAUCCAAUGCAGUCAAGAAAAGCCAAUAAAGCAAGCUAAAGAUUAAUUUAUUUAAAUAGAUAAGUUGGGAAAGAACAGAAAAGUGGACCAAUGAGUGAGUCUUUACCGUUAGGGCUUUUAAACUCGCAUUCAAAGUGAAGACAAUGAGGGGCUACUUUCAAAGCUUGUGCAUACUGUACUACUAACGUAUAGAGGUAAACCUCCUCGCCACUAGGGGAGCUCUAUUGAGCCGCACUGAGAAAUCAUUAAGAUUAUGAUAUCAGUUCAACAAACAAAAAAAAUCAGUGUUUUUAUGUGAUGUUUAUGUGCCCAUUUCUCUGUUUUUAAAAAAGAUGUAUAGAUGAAAACGGAGGUAAAUAAUUUAAAACAGAAUUUAGGAGGAGAGGUCGAAAUGUAAUGAAGGAUAUUUUGAAGAAGAAAAAAAACAAUGAAUUACAAAUUCAGAGAUUAUUAAAUGGAUAAAUUGUAUGGUUAUGUUUGUCUAAACAUUAAAUGUUAAUGUUC